GUUGAAGCCAGUGGAGGGAUUGGUAGAGAGGGGUGGAGGACACUGAUUGGAAGCCAAUGGAGGGAUUGGCAGAGAGGGUGGAGGACACUGAUUGGAAGCCAAUGGACGGAUUGGCAGAGAGGGGUGGAGGACACUGAAUGGAAGGCCAGUGGAGGGAUUGGCAGAGAGGGGUGGAGGACACUGACAGGAAGCCAGUGGAGGGAGAGAGGGGUGGAGGACACUGAAUGGAAGCCAGUGGAGGGAUUGGGUAGAGAGGGGUGGAGGACACUGAAUGGAAGCCAGUGGUAGGGAUUGGCAGAGAGGGGUGGAAGACAUUGAACGGUUGGCAGUAUUCAUGAUGGACUGGAGGGGGAUACCUAUGUAAAGGUAAGCCAAUGAGGAGGGAGUUGCAGUAGUCGAGGCAAGAGAUAACCAGGGAGUGAAUUAGGAGCUUUGUGGUAUCAUUGGUUAAAAAGGGGCGUAUUCUGGAGAUGUUGCGGAGGUUGAUCUGUAGCUAUGGACUAUAGUUAAUGACUGAAAGAAAGAGCUUG